GUUAUACGAACCAAUUUAUAUAUUGUACACAUUUGGAUGGGCUGAUCUCUUUGGAAACACACACCACUCCGUGCUGCUCCAAAUUAUCACUGCUUUUUUCCUUAUUAAUUACAAAAAAUACAAAUAUCUAUAAUAGUACCUAAUUAAUUUUUUUUGUGAUAAAAAAUCCACAAAAACACGAAAAAAAAACGAUGGCUGACGUGUUCGAGUUCGAGCUGGAAGGCCACGAGUCACAGGCAUCGCCACAGCGUCAUGCAUAUCACUAUGACAACUGCACGGAAAUCAUGGAGGACGAUCACAUGUACAGCAAUGUUGCUGAUGGACAAAUUUCUGCUCCACCGCCGAGCUCAUCGUAUAUGGAGGAUCCGAUGAUGGAAUCGAUUCAACUGUGUGCCAGUGCAAUUAAUCCACCAAAUGUUCGUGUUGGACCCGAAGAUUUUCAGCUUUUGAAAGUUCUUGGCAAGGGAGGAUAUGGAAAGGUAUUCCAAGUGCGAAAAACGACGGGCUCCGACAAUGGCCAAAUCUUCGCGAUGAAAGUGCUCCAAAAAGCGACAAUUGUCAGAAAUCAAAAGGAUACAGCUCACACGAAAGCCGAACGAAACAUUCUUGAAGCAGUCAAGUCUCCGUUUAUUUGUGAUUUAUUGUACGCAUUUCAAACCGGUGGAAAACUGUAUUUAAUCCUUGAAUAUCUAUCUGGCGGCGAAUUAUUCAUGCAUUUGGAGCGAGAAGGAAUGUUCAUGGAGAACGUCGCAAAGUUCUAUCUCUCGGAAAUCGUCGUCUCUCUGGAGCAUCUUCAUCAGCAAGGAAUCAUCUAUCGAGAUUUGAAGCCAGAGAAUAUCCUUUUAGACGCCUAUGGACACGUUAAGCUCACAGAUUUUGGUCUUUGUAAGGAGGAAAUCGAGGGAGAUCAGAAGACUCACACAUUCUGUGGAACUAUCGAAUACAUGGCACCGGAGAUUCUGAUGCGUUGUGGACAUGGAAAAGCUGUUGAUUGGUGGAGCCUCGGAGCUCUGAUGUUUGACAUGCUCACUGGUGGACCACCGUUUACCGCUGAAAAUCGCCGAAAAACGAUUGACAAAAUCCUGAAGGGACGGCUUACUCUGCCGGCCUAUUUGUCGAAUGAGGCUCGAGAUUUGAUCAAGAAGCUUUUGAAACGCCAUGUGGAUACCCGGCUCGGCGCGGGUCUCAGUGACGCGGAAGAGAUCAAAAGUCAUGCGUUUUUCAAGACUACGGACUGGAACCUGGUCUACGCACGGCAGCUUGAAGCCCCAUUCAAGCCGAAUAUAGAGAACGACGAGGAUACGUCGCUGUUUGACGCGCGUUUCACAAAAAUGACGCCGGUCGAUUCGCCGUGUGAGACGAAUUUCAGUUUGAAUGGUGAUAAUCCGUUUGUGGGAUUCACCUAUGUCGCACCGUCUGUGUUGGAAAUGAUGAAUAAGGGAGGACAUGGUGGAAUUUCGGUGGCACAUUUGGCUUCGUCUAUGUCGAGAGCUGGUGCUGCGAAGAGCCCGAGAAAGCCAGGAGACCCAGAAACGGCGAGCAUUCUUCACGGUGGUCACUCGAAUUUGUUCGGUCACGGACCAAAUAGUGAAGCCCCACAGGCUUUUGGAUACGGAAUUGGUAGUCAAAUGACUACUACUACUGCUGGAGGAGCAGGAAUUCAACAGCCAUAUCAAUCAUUUAGUGGUGGAUAUCCAGAAGAUGAUGCAAUGGAUACAUCUACACCACGUGCUAGUGAAAGUCGUGAAACUACUACUGGAAAUGGAUCUACUACGACGACAAGACCAUCAAAUGUUGGAAGUUCUGCGUCAACACCUAUUCCAUUGCCGAAAAGGGUGAUGUAAAUGUGUGGGCGGAAAGAAAAUUGCCACACACACACACCUCUACACAAAAUGCUCAAUAUUCAUUCAUGCUUCUUCUCCUUAACGUGUCGUUGUUCUUCCACUUUUUCUGAAAAUUUUCACACAAAUUUUCGAAUUUCUUGUAUCCAUUUUUCGUUCGUUCGUUAUUUUUUUUAUUAACUUUACACUCUUAAUGCCGAUUUUUUUAAAAGGCGCUUCAUCAUCCCACCAGAGAUUACGAUCUGUGUGGACCUCCCGCGGGGACCAAUUUCAUGUGAAAAUUUCGAAAAAAAUUGAUAAUUUUGGCACUUUUUACCCCUAAAAUUGAGUCUCGGCAGGGGGGUCGAAUAAAUACGGAGGUACUUUAAUCUCUGGCUUGUUUUCAUGUUUGGGAUUCUUUUUUCUCUUUUAUGCGCUCACUUUUUUUUCGUUCUUUACUCGUUUUUUUUUGUCUUUUUCGUGUAAUUUUCCCUGUUAGCUCCCCUUUUUUUCGAUAGAGCGCAUUUGCAUUUUGGAAUUUUCAAAAAAAUUUGAAAUUUGCUUUUUUGCCGGGAAAAAUUGACUCAAAACUCGAAAUUUUGAAAAAAUCUUAAUUUCAGCUUUUUAAAAACAAUUUUUCUGAAAAAAUAUCUCCAGAAAUUUUUUCAAAUUAAUCUGAAAUUUUGGGGUAAAAAUUACAAGUUUUUCUUUAAAUUUUUUUAGGAUUUUCCGUGAAAUUCACAAUUUUUUCUUGAAAAACCGCACUCUUGGAUUUUUUUGUCUUAAAUUCAAAAAUUUCGAUUAUAAAAUUGCAAAAAAAAACCAUUAAAGCAAACGCGCUCCACCGAGAAAUCUUCAAGGGAUACACACACACUUUAUGCCGGGAUUACGGUAGUCAUUUUUGCUCAUUUUUUUUGCUCUCCUUCCCCCAACUCGAACCACUAUAUUUGCUUCCUACCAACCCAACCCCUUUCGAGUAUUAUCUCGUGAUAUUCAAUGUUUUCUUUAUUACUAUUAUUAUUAAAUUUUCUUGUUGUUGUUGUUGUGAACAACCACCUCCCUUCCACCUCCCAAAAUCAAAAGUGCCUUUUAUAGCUCUGAAAACAUUUGCCUUAUUUUGUUCGAAUUUCUUUUCUGAAAAUUAAAAAACCACCGCAAAAAAUCCCAUUUUCCACAAAAAAAACCUUUUUUUUGUUAAUUUUGGGCCAAAUAAAGAUGAAUAGGUUUGAC